UCCAGUUUUUGCCUACAAAAAAAACCUGCUAUGAAUAAUUUUAUAUCGGUCUCUAUUGUGUGAAUACACACCCUCAUUUAUUUUUGGUAUAUACCUAUAAAUUGAAUCACGAUGUCAUUGGGUAUGUGUGCAGUUUAACUUUAUAAGAAAUUGCCGGUUGCUGCGCUGCCACCGCCCGAGUCAUGUUCCGCGAUCUUCUCUGGCUCUCCUAGCAGCAUCCAUAGCCGCCACCCUAUCGUCACUGGCUUCACCUUCUCCUCUCCUCGUUGCUGAGCGACAAGCUUCCUAGCGCUGUGACUGUCGUCUCCGCCCCGCAGCGGGAGCCGCUCGUCCUGGGUGGCCGCCUUGCGCCGCUUGGCUUUUCCUUCCGAGGUUACUUCGGGGCCCUCCCGAUGGUGACCACGGCUCCGCCUCCUUUACCCCGGAUCCCGGACCCCCGGGCACUGCCCCCGACCGUCUUCCUCCCUCACUUCCUAGGGGGAGAUGGCCCCUGUCUGACCCCCCAGCCUCGCGCUCCAGCAGCUCUGCCCAGCCGCAGCCUCGCCGUGGCGGGAGGCACCCCUCGGGCAGCGCCAAAGAAGCGGCGAAAGAAGAAGGUGCGGGCCAGCCCCGCAGGGCAGCUGCCCAGCCACUUCCACCAGUACCAGCAGCACCGGCCGAGCCUGGAGGGCGGCCGGAGCCCUGCGACCCGCCCGAGAGGAGCGCGGGAAGUCCCGGGCCCGGCCGCCGGCUUGGCCCCGAGUCCUGCAGCCGCGACCCGCACGGAGGGAGCCAGCCCCGACCUUGCCCCGCUACGGCCCGCGGCUCCCGGCCAAACCCCGCUCAAGAAAGAGGUUUUAAAAUCAAAGAUGGGAAAAUCGGAGAAGAUUGCCCUUCCCCAUGGCCAGCUUGUUCAUGGUAUACACUUGUAUGAGCCACCAAAGAUAAACAGACAGAAAAGCAAAUAUAACUUGCCACUAACCAAGAUCACCUCUGCAAAAAGAAAUGAAAACAACUUCUGACAGGAUUCUGUUUCAUCUGACAGAAUUCAGAAGCAGGAAAAAAAGCCUUUUAAAAAUACCGAGAACAUUAAAAAUUCGCAUUUGAAGAAAUCAGCAUUUCUAACUGAAGUGAGCCAAAAGGAAAAUUAUGCUGGGGCAAAGUUUAGUGAGCCACCUUCUCCUAGUGUUCUUCCAAAGCCUCCUAGUCACUGGAUGGGAAGCAGUGUUGAAAAUUCCAACCAAAACAGGGAGCUGAUGGCAGUACACUUAAAAAUGCUCCUGAAAGUUCAAACUU